ACAAUGCGCUCGUGGAUGCAAUUCGAACGAAUGAGUUUGAAAAUCUACAAUUCCACAUCGCAUGCGCAUAGUGGUUUUAAAUAACAAAUCAAUAAAUUUAAAUUUAUUUUGUUUUUAUUUUAUUCAGAUCACUGCGUAAGGUACUAACCUUACUUUAGGUAUAUACCUAAGCCCACGUGCGCAACGUUAGGAAAAUACUCUAAGUGAGUACGUGAAGGACAGUGACAAUGGAUGUAAAUAGUGACUUCAAUCUCUUCAUUCAAUUACAUCAACCACAAUUAUUAUCAUCGGGCGUACCUCAAAUUUUUUGGAAAACUUUAUUUGAAAAGUUAACCUUAGAAAACUUCGAUUCUGGAGAUACUUUUCAACUCACUCAGAUUGAUUAUGGGGACGAUGAACGAGAUCCAUACGACGUGAUUUUUCAAUUACAAAUCAAACUAUCUCAAGGUAUUUCAGCGAACGAUCCAUCACAAAUAUAUUUAGUAGAUCAUGCAUGGACCUAUCGAGUUGACCAAGCCAAAUCACAACUUCAAGAACAUGAAGGAUUAUUACAAAGAAUGUGCAGUAUAAUGGGUAUUCCUUCAAGUCAGUCUAAGGAACAUCUGGUUAAUGCAGUUUUUGAAGAAAGUUGGAGAUAUGCAAACACAUAUUUUGUUGCAAAUGCAGAAAAUGUAGAGGACAGAGUACCAGUAUGGUACAUUAUGGAUGAAGUAGGCUCAGCAAUGCAGCACUCUGACACACCAAACUUUAGAAUGGUGCCAUUUAUCUUUCUUUCACAAAAUAUCACAUAUUCAUUGAUAUUUCCAAUCAAAGAUUGUGAGUUCACUGAUGUAAUUACUAGGAAUUUUGUUGAAAAAGAUCAUUCUGAUGAAAGAAAUGCCUUACUUAUACCAUGGAUUUAUACAGAUCUUACACAUUUGACUUUCAAACAUUUAUCAGUCACUCCAGACUACUUCCUGAGUGGUCAUAUUAAAGAAUCAUUGCCAGUGCUUGAAAAUCUUAAUGUGCCCAAGGCAAACGGAUUCAAGAAAACAUUUAAAGUUUUCUCAGAAUAUAAAUUCAUCCAUGAAUAUCUAACUGAUGCAAAUUUCAAGCUUGUUGAUAAUGAAGAAGAUGCAGAUAUUUUAUGGUACACAAGUCAUUUCAAGGCAUUUGAACAGUUGUCCAAUAGCUCGCCUUGGAAGUUUGUCAAUCAGUUUCCUUUUGAGUAUAUCUUAACAAUUAAGGAUCUGCUGUGCAUUGUAUGCAGAAUGAAGAACACUGAUGAUUUUGUAGACAUGAAGACACUGCAGAUGCAACCUAAGUGGCUUCCAGUGACCUACAAUUUAAACACUGAGGUUACUCAAUUUGUGAGCUAUUUCCAGAAUAGGGAAGCUAAAAAUAUGGACAACCAUUGGAUCAUCAAGCCUUUCAAUUUAGCCCGCGGCCUAGACACGCACAUAACGAAAAAUCUGAAUUGCAUUCUAAGGUUGCAAACUUCUGGUCCAAAAAUUGCUCAGAAAUACAUUGAAAAACCAGUUGUGUUUGCCCGAUCAGGAAUUGGCAAAGUAAAGUUUGACAUUCGAUAUGUCAUCUUAUUGAAGAGCGUUAAACCAUUGCAAGUGUAUGUAUACAACAACUUUUUCUUGCGCUUUGCAAAUGAAGCGUUUUCUUUAGAUGAUUUGCACAUUUACGAGAAGCACUUUACUGUAAUGAAUUAUAACGAACAAGCGGUACUAAAACGGAUGUUAUGUGCAGAAUUUAAAGAUGAAUGGAGAGAACAGUUUGAAACUUCUUGGGAUUCAGUGGAGAAGUCGAUCACCUCGAUGUUGAAGGAGGUAUUUGAAUGUGCGACCACAGAACCACCGCCAUGCGGUAUAUCAGAAAAUCCGCAAAGUCGCGCAUUGUAUGCAGCCGACAUUAUGUUGGCGUACGAUGAUGAACAAAUAAUACCCAAAUUGUUGGAGAUCAAUUGGAUGCCGGAUUGCAAACGGGCUUGCGAAUACUAUCCGGACUUUUAUAACGAUAUCUUUAAGUUGUUAUUUUUGGAAAUUGAAAAUAAUGAAGUCUUCACUAAACUAUAAUUUAUAUUUAUACAA